GUUAAUUUCUAUGGAUGUUUUUGGAAAGUAGACUUUGGAGAACUUAAGACCUGUUCUCUUUGCCUAAAACUGAAAAAAAGAAUGUGAUUUAUUCUAAAAAUAUACGCAUUAAGAUCUAGUCUCAGAACUUUUGUAGUGUGGUCUAAAUCUCUCAAGUUUGAUCUAGUCUUGUUUGAAUAUUUAUGUUCUAAUGUUUUCAGUAACUGUUUUUAAUAUUGUUUAUUUUCCGUUUGAAAUAAAACAUCUGGUCUAUGAAGUUUGACACAUUAAACUUUCUUGGUUCAUACUUCUUGCAAAGUUUUGGGCAGUAAUUGCAGCAAUGCAUCAGCCAUAAAUGGUCUAACAGAAGCAGCCUCUCUUCUUUUUACACAAAAGUACAGUUGCAUACAUCUUGACCUCCCAGACCCCAAUGGACUUGGGAGAAUACUGGAAAUUCUAAAGAGAGCAUCCAUGAUUUUGUGAGAAAGGGAAAAAGAUCUAGAAUUCUACCUCUUCCGGGUGAUGUUGAUGUGAUAUGUGGGGGACCCCCUUGUCAAGGUAUUAGUGGCUAUAAUCGCCACAGAAAUGUCAAUGCCCCAUUGGAAGAUGAAAAAAAUCGCCAAAUCAUUAUAUUUAUGGAUGUUGUUGAAUUCCUAAGGCCUAAGUAUGUCUUCAUGGAGAAUGUGCCUGACAUAUUGAGGUUUGAUAAAGGCUCUCUUGGACGAUAUGCUUUAAGCCGUUUGGUACGUGUGAGAUACCAAACAAGGCUUGGCAUUCUUGCAGCUGGUUGUUAUGGUCUUCCACAAUUUCGAUUGCGUGUUUUCAUAUUGGCGGCACUUUCCAGUGAGAAAUUGCCGCCAUUUCCUCUCCCUACACAUGAUGUUAUUAUGAGACAUUGGCCUUCACUUGAGUUUGAGCGCAAUGUUGUUGCUUAUGAUGAAGGACAACCUCGUGAACUUGAGGAAGCCCUUGUUCUUCAGGAUGCUUUAUCUGAUCUUCCAGCUGUUACAAGCCGUGAAGUUCGUGAAGAAAUGCCAUAUUGUAUGCCUCCAGAAUCAGAUUUCCAGAAGUAUAUUCGAUUACCUGAACAUGAGAUAAUGGGGAGCACUGCAUCUACUGAAGUGAGAGGAAUGAAAGAUCCUGUCUUAUAUGAUCAUCGACCUCGUCUACUCUCUGAAGAAGAUAUCACACGAGUUUCUCUAAUCCCACAUCGAAAGGGAGCAAAUUUCUUGGAUUUUCCUGGGGUCAUUCUUGUGAAUAAUACAGCUCAUCGUGAUCCGAAUAAAGAACCAGAAUUACUACCAUCAGGAAGGCCACUUGUCCCUGAUUGUAUCUUCACUUUUCAGCAAGGGAAGUCUAAGAGGCCAUUUGCGAGAUUGUGGUGGGAUGAGACAGUUGCAACCCUAGUGACUUUCCCCAAUUGCUUCAGCCAUGCCAUUCUUCAUCCUGAUCAGGACCGAGUUCUCACAAUACGUGAGUAUGCAAGACUACAAGGGUUUCCUGAUUUCUAUAGAUUUUGUGGUACAAUCUCCGAAAGGUACUGCCAACUUGGAAAUGCAGUUGCCAUUCCCGUCGGCCGUGCCCUUGGAUAUGCACUUGGAAUGGCUUUCCAGAGCUUAACUGGCGAUGAACCGCUCAUAAAAUUGCCACCAAAGUUCGCAUUCUCAAAGCCUCCAGUUGAAGAAAUAGUGGAACAAAACAGAUUCUCUGAUUGUUAAGCAUAGAAUCAUAAACGUGUUCGGUUUUUUUAAUGUACUAUUAGACUUGCAUGUAUUUAGGUUUUUCAUGUAUUGUAAGAAAUGUAUUUAGGUUAUUGUUGUAUGUAGUCUAAUUUUUCCCAUUCUUCCGGACUUGUCCUGUUCAAGGGACAUGGCCAAAUUUUUUUCGUAGAUAAUAAUCAUAACACUGUAAUUGUUGUUGUAGUUAUUCAUGAGAUAGUCUCGUAGAAGACAUCUUGUGGGUGGUGUUGUAGUUCUUCCAAUGUGUACUAAUAAUGUAAGCACUAUAUUUCCAACUUGUUUUUGAAGAAAAGACAUCUAUGUUU